AUGACAGGCUUUCUUCGUGUGGAAGGGACCAAAAUUGUCUCAGAUGAUGGCAAGCCAGUUGUGCUUCGUGGAGCUGCCACCGGAGGUCACCUUAACAUGGAAAACUUCAUCACGGGCUACCCAGGGCACGAAACCCAACAUAAGGAAGCCAUGCUGAAAUUCAUGGGUCAGGAGAAGUAUGACUUUUUCUGGGACCGAUUCUAUGACUAUUUCUGGACCGACAAGGACUCGGAGUUUUAUGCGGCUUGCAAUCUCAACUGUCUCCGAAUCCCGUUCAAUCAUCGCCACUUCCUCGAUGACAACGACCUGACCAAAGUCAAUCCCAAUGGUUUCAAGCUUCUUGACCGGGUAGUGGACAGCUGUGCUCGGUUCGGUAUCUACACCGUCUUGGACCUCCACACUGCACCCUGCGGACAGAACCAGGAUUGGCAUUCCGACAACGCAACCCACGCUGCUCAAUUCUGGGACUAUGGGCAUUUACAAGAUACCAUCAUCAAUCUCUGGAAACACAUCGCAGCCCACUACAAGGAAAACCCCUGGGUGGCUGGAUACAACCCUCUGAAUGAGCCAGCAGACCCGAAGCAUACCCGACUCAUCGACUUCUACACUCGCAUUGAAAAGGAGAUACGGUCCGUUGAUGACAAGCAUAUUCUCUUCCUCGAUGGAAACACAUAUGCUGCUGAUUUCAACCACUUCCCUGCGAAGCCUUUCCCAAACUCCGUUUACUCGAUCCAUGAUUAUUCGAAAUUCGGGUUCCCCGCUUGCGAGGAAAGAUACACCAGCGCCGAGACACAGAAAGCCAAGCUUCUUGCCUCGUACGAACGCAAGAUUUCGCACAUGAAACAGGUCGGAGUGCCCGUGUGGAACGGCGAAUGGGGCCCAGUUUAUUCGUCUGCCAUGCGUCACGACACCGAUAUUGAGGCGACCAAUGCAUCUCGCUACCUUGUUUUGCGCGACCAGCUGGAAAUCUACAAGAAGGGAGAUCCUUCGGGGGACAAUACUCCAAUCUCAUGGUCGAUCUGGCUCUAUAAGGACAUUGGGUACCAGGGAUUGACCUUUGUCUCCCCAGACUCGAAAUGGUAUCGUCAUCUCCAGCCCUGGCUUGUCAAGAAGCAGUCGCUUGGUCUUGAUCGAUGGGGACGCAACGCCGAUCCUGAAAUUGAAAAGAUCUAUACCGCCGUCAAGGAUCAUUUCGAAGCGGCUAUUCCUCCAGAACACAGAGAAUCACUCUACCCGCCUACAUGGAGAACAAGGGAUUGGGUGGAUCGGGUUCUUCGGGAUAUUCUAUUGUCUGAGUAUUUGGCAUCGGAGUUUGCGGAGUAUUUCCGCGACCUAUCGUUCGAGGAAUUGGAUGAACUCGCUGGUUCAUUCAAGUUCGAGAAUGUCGAGCACCGUGAUGAGUUGAUCCAGCAUCUCAAGAAUUGGAUUUAG